AAAUAGGACAUGGUAUGUUUUAAUGGGAUGUAUUUUUAGCCGCAACCGUGAAUCGGAUGACUCAGAAGGUGCUGGUAAAAACCGCCCUCUACAGAAAGAUGCUCCAAUGUGGAAGAGCGAGGUGCCUAUAACUCUAGGCCAGUUGAUGAGUAAGCGGGAUGAGUACUGGGACACUGCGCCUGCUUUCGACGGCAGAAGGGAAAUCUGGGAUGCACUGAGGGCUGCUGUUCAGGCAUUCGAAAGCAAAGAUUUCGUUCUUGCCCAAGCUAUCAUUGAUGGUGCUAACAUUACUCUACCUUUGGGCAACUUAACCGAUUGUUACGACGAGUUAGGCAACAGGUACCAGUUGCCUGUCUACCUCCUGUCAAAUCCCAUUAACUUCAUUGACGAGGCGAAAUCUCCGACUAGUGGAGCGAAUUCUGGCUCUGCGGCGUCUAAUCUAGCAGCCGCUCUGCAAAACCCAGAGUCGCUUGGUAAACCAGUGCAAUAUAAAAUCAGAAUAUCUUCUCUGCCACAAGACUAUCACUUUGUAUCACUGCGUGAAAAAAGCACGGUCUAUCAUGGCAAAUUCGAAGUGCAUAAAGUGCAUGGCGUCGACAUUAAGUGCCAGCGGUGGUUUUACGGGGGAAAAGUUUUGGUGGAUAGCUGCAAACUGAAAGACUUGAAGAUCACGGAGGACUAUCUCAUUCAAGUCAUAGAUGUAUCGCCCUUAAAAUCGUUUGGCGAUGACAACUCAGAUAGCUCGAAAAAGGUUAAAACUAAGAAAGAUGUAGAUAAGUCGACGGCAAUCGCGACGAUAGAGAUGACCCGUGAAAAUGAACCCACAUCCUCGGAUCCCUCGAACGCAUUUAAUGGAACAGGGGAUGUAGCCGGUGUUCCUGCUAAUGUCCAAGAUUUCUCGAACACUACGACUGAAAUUCCGAACGAUGAGUGUAACUCGGAUGCCAAAGUGAAUAAAAUGAUGUCAGAUGUUGGCGGGAACAAAGGCGAAGAGAAGAUUGCUUUGAACGUGAUUGGUCAGUCUCAAACGACAAAUCAGGACGGAGAUGGCCCUCAAACGGAAUCUACAGCUGCUGAACUGACUUAAGAAACAAUGGAAUGAAUUUUGCAAUCAAAGAUUUUUUUAAAAAGAGGAUAGGAUUUUUCAAAUAACUUUUAAAAUUAGAUUUCAACGAAGAUUGUCUGAAUGAUGAUUUUUUCGAAGGUUGAUAAUUUGCUCAUUUAUUUUUGUCGAAGUCUUAUUGUAUUUGGUCACUUCCCCCCUCUGAGCUACGAGCGUUUCGAUAUCUUUUCUUAUUCCUUUUUCUCAUUUAGUUCUCAAUUCUAUAAUUUGUGAUGGAUCACAUUUCAAUGGCUUCCUUUGCGUCAUGAAUGUAGCUAAACUCUAAAAUUCAGUUAGCAACUACUAUUUGUUUUUUGACUUAAAGCUUUGUGUGAAUAUAAGGAAGCCAAUCAGUUUAAAAUUUUGUUUGUCAUUUUGUAACUUGAAAAUGUAUGCCGAAAAAUCUCAAAAUCGACAGUUUUGUAAUGCCAAUUCAUUAAAAUAUAAAUAAUUUGACAUUUCUUGUUAUGUGAAUAUCAUGUUCAAAAUUUCCAUGCUUUCCCAUAUUUCUCAUCGUCAUAUUCAUGCUUUUGACGAAUGUAAUUGGAUGAAUUUUUGCUGUAAGUAGGUUAAAGUUUAAGCUACUGAAUUAUGGUUACUCAAUCAUUCCUCCAAAAAUUGAUGUCAUGGGGGAAUUUUCUUGGGGUUGGAGCGGGGAAAUUUUGACAGGUGAAAAUUGUAUGUGUCAGUUCACCUCCACAGUUUGGAUUAUGUGGUGGGAUUUCAACCGGGAAUCAACUUACCUAAUAGGCCAAGAUCUUGAUUGGCUACUAUUGCUCUGUUUGUGGCUGUUUUGUAUAGGUAGAUUACCAAUUCUAUCUGAGAAGUUGUAUUCAGUAGUUUUUUCUCUCUUCAGUGAUAUAAUAUCUUGUCUCGAGCAGUGAAGUAACUUUCCUUAAAUGUUAUUAGAUUGUUAAAUUGUUACAGUUUUUUCUUCGGCACUUCUCCCCCAAAUAAAACUUGAAUAUUGA